CGUGUGCGCAUCAUGCUUUCAGUCGUGUUGCUGUCAGCUUUAAGCUUAACUUCCCGCAACGCUGUUCUUCCUCUUUUCCUUUUCGCACAACACUCACGUGUAGCCUUUUGGUUGAUUUUUUCAUUUCUCGUUGUUUUCCUCUGGUUUAUCAAUUGAAAUGGCUACAGCAGCCUAUCGUCCAUUAAUUUCUGUUUACAACGAAAAAAACGAAGGCACUGGCACAACAAUCAAAUUGCCAGCCGUCUUUCGUGCACCGAUCCGUACGGACAUUGUCAAUUAUGUUCAUACAAACAUCCGCAAGAAUCGUCGCCAACCUCAUGCUGUUUCUAGAGAUGCAGGUCAUCAAACCAGUGCUGAAUCUUGGGGUACUGGUCGAGCUGUAGCUCGUAUUCCUCGUGUUCGUGGUGGUGGAACCCAUCGAUCUGGUCAAGCUGCAUUCGGAAACAUGUGUCGUGGUGGUCGAAUGUUUGGUCCUAUUCGUGUCUGGCGACGUUGGUAUCGAAAAGUUAAUCGCAAUCAACGUAGAUAUGCUGUCGUUUCAGCUAUUGCGGCAUCAGGUGUUCCAUCCAUCGUCAUGAGCAAAGGUCAUGUUGUUAAUGAGGUGCCGGAAUUUCCAUUGGUCGUUUCGGAUAAAGUCCAAGAAUUGAACAAAACCAAACAAGCUGUUGAAUUUCUCAAAAAAGUCAAUGCCUGGAGUGACAUUGAACGUGUUCAUCGAUCAAAACAUUUCCGCGCUGGUAAAGGUAAAAUGCGUAACCGUCGCCGCGUUCAACGACUUGGCCCGGUCAUUGUUUAUGGAACUGAUAGCGGAUUGACACGAGCUUUCCGUAAUAUUCCUGGUGUGGAAUUGAUGAAUGUCGAAAAACUUAAUCUUUUACGACUGGCACCUGGUGGACACGUUGGUCGCUUUAUCAUUUGGACUGAAAGCGCCUUCCGCAAAUUAGACGAAAUUUAUGGAACGUGGAAAGCCGAAUCAAAACAAAAACGUGAUUACACGUUACCACAGCCAAAAAUGGCCAAUACUGAUUUGUCUCGUUUAUUGAAAUGCGAUGAAAUUCAAAGCGUUCUUCGACCACGAAUCACGCAAGUUGUUCGACGUUCUGUGAAGAGGAAUCCGCUACGAAACCCGUUGGUCAUGCGACGAUUGAAUCCAUAUUCAUGGAUUUUGAAAACACAAGCUCGAGCAAAUAAUCUACGACGACGACGUGCAAGAGAAAUUCUUCGCCGUCGCAAAGCUGGCGAAAAAGUCGACCCAAAAGCUCUGGACAAAGCUACCCAAUUGUUGGGCAUUAAACUCCGUAAAUACAAGGAGUACAAAUUGGAAAGAUCGAAAAAAGCUGCUGCCGAAAAAGGACAAAAGAAAUAAAAAUUGAAUGAAUUUUUUUUGUAUUGAUAAUU